CAGGGAUGUGACAUGACGUAGUCAUUUGUAUUGCAAUACUUCAGAAUCGUUUUCUAUACUGGCUAUGAAUUCGUUGCAAUAGCAAAGGCAGAGCUCGAGCAUCCGCCGGCGCUUGAAUUUGAAAGGAAUAAAUGGGCUGCGGAUCAUUGCAAUCCGUCCUGAAGUCGUCCAAACAAGUCCAUUCGUACAUAUUUAACAUCAUAGAUGUCACCAAUGCCUGCUUCCCACCCUCGUUACGCCAUCAUAACCGCCGCUCCCGCAGCCACGACAGCAGCAAGGAUAGCCCUGUCAACGAUCGUAGCCACCGCCGCAGCGUUCGAACUGGCGCUUGUCGUAGUCCCGACAGCUGUUGUUGCAGUCGUAGCUGCCGUGGUAGUGCCGGUAAUUGGCAAGGCACUUCGAGUACCUGAGAUCACGCUCGCUGUCGACGUAGCGGAGGUACUGGGUGCAGAGCUUGCACUCCCGCUCGAGCUCGCCCGUGAUGUAACGCUCUGAGAGCCGGACAGGGAAACUGAAGAAGUCGACUGCGCCGAGAUGGUUGCUGUAAAGAACAAGGGUAGUGCCGCAAACGGAAGGAUCAUCGCGGUGAUGUCGAUGAGGGUUAUGGGUUGGGUCGUACCCACUAAACGUCCCUGUGAACUCCUACGGUUAAGUUGAUCUGCCUUCCACAACGCUUGCUCAAAACCAUAUGGCGUUCUGUUGGGAUAUUACGGUGGGAUAGAUCAUGCAGGAUUCACGCGGCCCGGGACGGGAGCGGGAGAUCAUGUUGCGCUCUUGCACUCUGAGGGUGCUCCAGGUGGACGUUUGGGCAUCUCUAGCACGAAGAAUGUGCUUGUCAUUCCAAGUUCAUCAAAGAACUUUAGAUGCCCUUAUAACUCCAAAACACAAAGACCGGCCAUCGACGAG